AUGGACAGAGCUCAAGCAUCAUUAGAGCACGGUAGUAGCAGUUCGAGGGCUGCAGGACAACCGUCCGUUAACCUCCCUCCGCGACGCCGCCAACCAUCCAUAUUCAAACUUGGCGAGCGGCCAAACAACGCAGCACAUUGCCACCUGGCUGCCCAAACCAUCCCUGCGUUCUUCCAAGGUGACUUCACCUUGGAAGAGCGCAGGGAGCCCUUUUCAAGGCCUUUGCGAACCCAUACACCUGAGAUGGUGGAGCAGCAGCGGGAAUACUACCGCUGA